UCUACGUGGUGCCUGAUGGGGCUGUUGGGAGCCCGAGACCUGUAGCUAGAGGGGGACCACUCUUUACUGCAGCCACCGUCUCCGCCGCCUCAUGGCGGCCAUCGGAGUUCACCUGGGCUCCACGUCAGCCUGUGUGGCCGUCUACAAGGAUGGCCGGGCUGAUGUGGUUGCAAAUGAUGCAGGUGACAGAGUUACUCCAGCUGUUGUUGCUUACUCAGAGAAUGAAGAGGUUGUUGGAUUGGCAGCAAAACACAGUAGAAUAAGAAAUAUUUCAAAUACAGUAAUGAAAGUAAAGCAGAUCCUUGGCAGAAGCUCCGAUGACCCACAGGCUCAGAAAUACAUCACAGAAAGUAAAUGUUUAGUUAUUGAAAAAAAUGGGAAAUUACGAUAUAAAAUAGAUACUGGAGAAGAUACAAAAUAUAUUAACCCAGAAGAUGUUGCCAGACUGAUAUUCAGUAAAAUGAAAGAAACGGCACAUUCUGUCUUGGGCUCAGAAGCAAAUGAUGUAGUUAUUACUGUUCCAUUUGAUUUUGGAGAAAAGCAAAAAAAUGCUCUUGGGGAGGCAGCCAGAGCUGCUGGUUUUAAUGUUUUGCGGUUAAUCCAUGAACCAUCUGCAGCUCUUCUGGCUUAUGGAAUUGGACAAGACUCCCCCACUGGAAAAAGCAAUAUUUUGGUGUUCAAACUUGGGGGAACAUCCUUAUCUGUCAGUGUCAUGGAAGUUAACAGUGGAAUAUAUCGUGUUAUUUCAACAAACACUGAUGAUAACAUCGGAGGUACACAAUUUACAGAAACCUUAGCACAGCAUCUAGCUUCUGAGUUUCAGAGAUCCUUCAAACAUAACAUCAGAGGAAAUGCCCGAGCCAUGGUGAAGUUGAUGAACAGUGCUGAUAUUGCAAAACAUUCUUUGUCAACCUUGGGCAGUGCCAAUUGUUUCCUUGACUCGUUAUAUGAAGGUCAAGAUUUUGACUGCAAUGUGUCCAGAGCAAGAUUUGAACUUCUGUGUUCUCCACUUUUUAAUAAAUGUAUAGAAGCAAUCAGAGCACUCUUAGAACAAAGUGGAUUUACAGCAGAUGAUAUCAACAAGGUUGUCCUUUGUGGAGGGUCUUCUCGAAUUCCAAGGCUACAGCAACUGAUUAAAGAUCUUUUCCCAGCUGUUGAACUUCUAAAUUCUAUCCCUCCCGAUGAAGUUAUCCCUAUUGGUGCAGCUAUAGAAGCAGGAAUUCUUAUUGGGAAGGAAAACCUUUUAGUGGAAGACUCUCUUAAGAUAGAGUGUUCAGCCAAAGAUAUUUUAGUUAAGGGAGUUGAUGAAUCAGGAGCCAACAGUUUCACAGUACUGUUUCCAUCAGGGACACCUUUGCCAGCUCGAAGACAACACACAUUACAAGCCCCGGGAAGUAUAUCUUCAGUAUGCCUUGAACUCUAUGAGUCUGAGGGGAAAAGCUCUGCAAAAGAGGAAAACAAGUUUGCACAGGUUAUACUCCAGGAUUUAAAUAAAAAAGAAAAUGGACUACAUGACAUAUUAGCUGUUCUUACUAUGAAAAGGGAUGGAUCUUUACAUGUGACAUGCACAGAUCAAGAGACUGGAAAAUGUGAAGCAAUCACUAUUGAGAUUAUUAAGCACUGUGAGAGCAGAGACUCUCAGUCUUAGUGACCACUGUGUCCCAGCACCCAGAAUGAUACCAGAACAUAGGUGUUCAGUAAAUAUCUGUCAAGUCAGUAAAUUACACGGAAGAAGAAGAAAAAAAUGACAGUGUCAUCUUUGUGUCCUAUGGGAAAAUGGCCAGUAAGUAC